GCUGUCUGAUUUAACGGAAGUGCGAUUACAUACGUAGAGCGUUAUUUCAAAUUAUUGUUAGUGAAGUAAAAGUCCAUGUGUAAAAAACUUUAUGAAAUACAUGAAAGAUUAUAGAAGACGGUUUCGUUGAGAUUAUUUGAUCUUUGGGCUGACUCCAAAUGCUUCGAGAUGUCAAAUAAACUAACAUGAUUGGCUAUCUAUCGCGCAGAAGCAUUUGUAACGCUAAAUAGGCUCUAGUCUGUUUACUAAACUUUACAGUCGUACAUUUUUUAUGAAUUGUAGAAUGCUCGAUUUUGCUAUUUCUAUUUCUCUUAACAUUUAAUAAAACUAUGCCGAUAGAUUAUUAUAAGACUUAUUGAUACCUGAACUGAUUGUUGAGAUGCCAUUCAUCUAAUGUAAACUUGGAGGAAGGAGGACAAUAAACAAAUUUUAAGUGAAAGAAGUAUAUUAAGGCUAAUGGUGUUUGUUUCAAUUUCAAAUUUUAGCUUGGAGCUGUAAUAUGCGAAAAUUCGUAGAUCGAGUCUUACGUAUGUUUUCACGUAGCUGCAUCGACGUGAUGACGCCGCUUGAUUUGAAUAAACUCAAGAAAAGAACAGUCCUGUCAGUGCUCGAGCGUCCCAAGAAGAAAAUAGACAGAUUCGAUGGACUGUCAGAGGAAGAGGUGCAAAAGUAUACACUGGAAGAUUAUUUGGAGAUAAAUCUGGACAUAGUUUUUGUUGGGAUCAAUCCAAGCCUGAUGGCAGCACACCGUGGUAGAUAUUAUGCAGGUCCUGGUAAUCACUUUUACAAGCUCCUGCACGAGUCUGGUUUGACGCCAAGAUUUGUCAGCUUUGAAGAGGACUACAAGCUCCUGCAGUACGGCAUUGGUUUGACGAAUAUCGUUACUCGUGCCACCAGGUCAGCGGCAGAUCUCAAGCGAACAGAGAUCAAGGAAGGUGCAAAGGUAGUGGAGGAGAAGCUGAGACUGUAUAAGCCCAGAGUCGCAGUAUUCAAUGGCAAAUGCAUCUACGAAGUGUUUGCAAAUAUCUCCAGUAAAUCCACAUUUCACUUUGGAUUGCAACCCGAACGUAUCGGCGAUACUGCCGUUUGGGUGACACCGUCGAGCAGCGCACGAUGCGCUCAUUUCCCUAGAAUGGUGGAUAAGCUGCAUUUCUAUACAGCGUUGAAGAAGUAUCUGCAUUUUCUCAAGGGUGAGAUCACCGACGUGGAUGCAAAAGAAUUCUACUUUGAGGGGAAAUGCAAACAGUCUAUACCCAGCACCUCCAAGAUGUGGCGACGAAAGGAUGUCUCGACUUUCUUGCACGGUGGUAGAGUCGUUAACAAGAAGACGCUCUGCAAAGACACGUCAGAGGAAGAUAUCGCGGCGAUUCACACAAAGGAAUUUCUGGUAGAAACGUCUAAUGAUGAAAGAAAUAGUGAAGACGAGGAUUCGUCUCUCAAUAGAGAAAUAUAUAGUCAAGAAGAAGUAAGUGAAGCAUUUAAAGAGGCUGUAGAAAAAACUGAGGAGGAAGGAACAAGGACAUUUAUAAAUGUUAACGGUGUCAAUAAUGAAAUAGUAGUUACUAAUGAAUCAGAAAAGAAGAAAACCUCCAUUAAUAGAAAGAAAGAUUACAAUGCUGUAGUUAGUGAUACUUUCAAUAGGAAAACUAAAAUAGCAAGCUCUAGAAACAAUGAUAAAUAUAUAUCUUCCAAAAUCAUUCGCAGGACUCUAAAAACUCAAAGUAGCCUUAUAAGUAAUAAUAGAGACAAUUCAUUGGAUUUUAUGAGUAUAAUUAAACAAAAAUUAUCUGAAAAAAAUAACAGUACAUAAUCUGCGAUCUUCAGACUGCUAUUUAAAAAGGAAAUUAUAUUUACAUUGAUAAAAUAUUAUUGCAUUUUGAGUAUAAAUAUUAUUUUAAUAGCAUGCCGUUAUACAGUAUUAUAUAUAUCCAAUUUUCAACAAGAAUUCUUAUUAUUAAAAUAUUUGAUAUAUAAAAAUAAAGAAUAUAUAUAGAGAGAAACAAAACAAAAAUUAAUGUACAAAUUAGUUUUGCAUACAGAUUGAAAAUCAUUGUUAACUUGACAUUUGUGCUAAGAAAAUAA